AUGUGCCACAGGGGAGCCGUUCCAGAUGACCUUCCUGGAGUGAAGAUGUCCUCCUUAGACCCCCUGCCUCCCGCCACGCCUCCCUCUCAGAAACCCACGCGCAUUAUCAAGCCUCGUCCGCCCACUAGGCCACGUCCGUACCUACCCCCCAGACCGGAUUCAGCCAAGCUGUUCCGGGUCCCUACCCCUCCUUUGCCGCUGGAGAAGGACGGGCGCUCUCCAGCCACCGAACACCCGGGCUGCCCAGCUCAGCCCUUGCACAAGCUGCAGAAAUCGGGCGCCGUUCGUAAGAUUGUGGUACACUUUGAUCAAACGGGCCCUUCGGAGAAAGAGGAAGGUGAAAAAAGUAUCCGAUCGCCGCCUUCCAGCUGCCAGCAGGAUGAGAAUGAGGAAGAAAAAGCCACGGGAGAAAAAGAGAACCCGGAUCGGUUGGAUCCUUGCACGGAAACCCAGCUAUCGGUAUUGUCGGAGGCGGAGCAAAACGGGCUGGAUCUUCCCACUGCCUGUCUGUCCGGCUGCCCCUGUGUUUGCCAUCAACAGAACCCGGGCAUGGUUUUGGUUUGGGUUCCGGCAACGUCCCGGCUGCAGGAUGCGGAGAACGGGCUGGCGUCUGACCUAUCAUCCUCUGCCGACGAAGGGGGAGCCUCCUUCCAAAAAUUCCUGGGGAUCGGUGCCUCGCCUGCCCAGCCUUCCUCCAUCGCAGCGGGCAGGAUCCCGAAAUCUCGCCGCUCCUCCCGAAGCAAAAAGCCCCUGGACUCUCCGCCGUCCACCAACGGGCACCCCGAAGGAGGGGUCGUGCUGACCAGCUACCGUUCCACGGCUGAGCCCCUUCCCUUACGCUGCCCGCCUUUGAUGCCCAAGCCGCCCCGUCGCAACAAAGGGGGCGGCUCUGUCUCCCUGGAUGGCGAGCUCCUACCUCCGGCCAUCCCACCCAAAGCCCCCACGAAACCGCCGCGCAGCUCCUUGGGACCCUCGGCUCGCCGGAGUUCCCUCCAAUACCCGCUUGAGAUGAACCACCUUCCUGGCCGGGUCUCUCCGUUUGCUGUUGGGGAAGGUUUUCUCAUGUUGCCUCCCCCCACCCAGCCACCCCCACCUCCCCCAAAGUCCCAGACCCCUCCACCCCUCCCCAUUUCUCAGGCUCGCUCCCAGAUGUGCACAGCCCCUCCUCCGCCCUCCCAGCCCCCUCCCCUGCUGUCUCAUGGUCUCCCUCCUCCGCCAACUCAGCCGCCGCCGCCUCUGGAAGGUUCAUCCCUGGAUGACAACCUUUGUCAAGGUAUUGUUUGCAUCCUCUUGGGGUAAAACUGUGACUCCCAA